AAGAUUAAUCCCUUGGAUCGAGGUUACCCAUCCUACAGAUAAACUCCUGACCGGUCAACAGGAGCUUACGCCCCCAAAUCGAGUUCAUGACGAGUGAAUUGCUGUCAAGUACCAGUCUCUGUAAUGAGUGAAUGGAGGAGACUGGUGAAAGAGUCUACCACUAAUCAGGUUCAUGUGGAAGCAAUGGCAACGACAUCACAACGACAAUAACAACAACGAGGAAGCAAAUUUGGGUUUUCCCCAGGCUGGUAUAGCAGACAGCUCACCUUUGCCAUGUUUGCGCAGUUACUUAACUGUCGAUUUAACCGGUUUAACACAAGAAUAAGGAAGUGUCGAGUUGACAUCAUUUGGAACUGGAUGGGUGAUAUUGGUUAUUAGGACACAAGAUCCACCACCAUGGUUGUGCCCGAAACUGACAAAGGAGGACCAAAAGAUGAAUUUGCAGGAGAUCUCAUUGGCAUUUUCCGCCAAUACAAUAUUGACAAAAACAUCCUUCGCCGACUCUUCUACCGAACAGGACUUACUUUCUCUGAGGUAAAGAUGAAACUGGCAAAAGACAUCAAAGAUGACAAAUUUAAAAAAAGUCUCGAUCAGACGAUCAUGUACCAUGACACGCUCCACAAAGUUGAUCGAGUCAUCAAUCAGAUCCCCUCGAUCAUAUUCAUAGGGCAAACAAAGUCAGGCAAAAGUAGCCUGAUUAAUGAAAUUCUCGAAGCAACAGUGGUCGCAGUUGACCAGCGUCCAUGUACCGCCAGACUGGUCCAACUCGAGUAUACGCAUCAUGAUAAACCUUGUGUGAUGAUCGUCGACAAAGCAGGAAAUAUACUGGAGAAGAAGACUUUGACCAAGAAGUACAUCCCGUCAGAAUGGAUCAACUUGCCUCAUGAACAACGCCAGAAGGAGGAGAUCGUCACACAGAAGGUGAUUGCCCAGGUGAAGAAUGCCUUCCUGGAGAGUGGUGUACGAAUCAUUGACUCGCCGGGUCAGGAUGAGAAUCCACUCCUGGACAAACUGGUGAUGGGACAUCUGGAGACGAUCCUGCCACUGAUCGUGUAUGUCAUCGAUGGCAGGAAUCUAGUCACAACCAAGGACAUUGAAGACAUUCGCACCAUCCAGAGUAACACUCCAUCCAAGAACAUCUUCUUCGUUGUCAGCAAACUGGAUUGUAACGAAGAGGCAGACACCAGUGAGAGCAGUUACGAUGAUGAAGAGGAUGAUGAUGAUGAUGACAGGGAAGAAAGGGUUAAGCAACAGGAGAAUAAGAUCAUGCAAAUGGUUUUCAACAGGCUCUGCCGGGAGGGCAUUCUGGAUAAAGACAUCAAAAUGGAGGAAUGUGAUAGAAUCUAUGGUCUGUCUGCCUGGAGGAUUAAAGAGGAUCGCCGUCUGCGCAGAGAAUUAGAGCAAUCAAAAAAGAAAAAGCGACCAGCGAAUCGCUUCACAACAGCCUUUGAAGUCUUCAAGAGACAACUUGUGAGGUUCUCUAAGGUACAGUUGAACUACUUCGUUGAAACAGCAGCCGAGACUUUAGCAAAGAUACACCAAGGUUGCAUCAACUUCUUCAUUGAUGAAGCUAACCGUAUCUACAAUGAUAACAGUAGCUAUGACACGUUCAUCUUGAAUGUGCGUGAGAGGGAGGACAGACUGGUCAAAGAACUCAAAGCUAAGAUUGAAGAGGAACAGGGACCAAUCACAGGCCGCAUCAGAAAAUUUCUGCUAGGGAUUAAAUCCAAAGUUGUCUCUGAUGCUGGGAUGUAUCCUUACAAGGAUGUCAACGCUGGGUUGGCAUAUGCCAUGGAAAAGGCCGCAAUCCUCUCAGUGGAGCCAUCAGCGGCACCCAGGGACAGGAUGAAUUCUCUGUAUGCAUUUGAGCAGCUUGGACCGUUGCUCCUCAAGAAAGGUGCUGAUGAGAGAGAGAGUCUAGACUGGAUUAAAGCUGAAUCUAAUACCGAACCCAGGCCUGACAAUCCAGCAACACCAAGUCCACAUCUCAGUCCAGAUGCCCCACAAUUACGCACCGGUUCAAGGCUAUCUGCAGAAGUCUCUUCCUGCCGCUCCAGUGCCGAGAUCGAUUUUGAUGUCCCUCUUGGCCGGAAUCAAAAUGGUGGCACCACAGGUGGUAGCAAUGAUGGAGUGCUCAGUUGGGAUUUCCUCUCAGCGGUGCAAGGAGACACCCUGGUGACUGAUAUGAGGGUCGUCGUUGAAUGCCAGAAUCAGAUCAGACGUUUCACAAGAGAGAAAGUUGGUCUUGGUUUGUCCAACAUGAUUUGGGAUGACAUGAUUCGCCCAGGAGGGGUCCUGGAUACGUUAGCACAAACUGCUAAGGGUUUUGAUAUUGCUGGUGCCUCUGAUGACCCUGCUACUGUACUUCGCAAUCUGAUACAUGAGCAUUACGAAUACAGGUACAACCCAGAGAUUGAGAAGAUGGAAAUGAACUUCAAAAGGCGCAUCCGCAACGGCAUGAAGAGGUUUCUAACCAGCUUGACUGAUAUGCCACAGACGUCAGGAGGUGUCGGGAACAUACCUGUCAAUCAACGUGAAUGGAAAGAGCAGAUAGCCAGAGAGGCAUUCAUUGGUGUAAAGGCAGAAGAAGUCAUGAAGGAAAUCGUCCUGCAUCUGAAAGAUCAUGUGCAAGAGGGACAUGAGCAGUUCAAAGAGCGCCAGGAAAUGGUGGACUAUGUGUACCGCCAGCAGUGUCUGAUUGGCAAGCAGAAUAGACAGACAAUCCGGGACUGUGCACCAAAGAUUGCCGAGUUGGAAGUGCGCUCACUUGACCUCAUCCAUGCACACAGGUACAACCCCUUCACACCUGUGCGUAACAUAGGAAUGGGAGCCCAGUGUAUUGUCCAGACCAUUGAUAAACUGGGACCGAAUGGAGAAGUGAUGGUGGUCAAAAGGCGCGAAGUAAUGACAAUACAGGAACUACAGCAAGUAGCACUGGAAGUCCAUCACACAAGGAAUGUUGACCAUCCAAACCUUGCCAAGUUGCACGGCUGCACAAUCAACUACUGCUAUCAAGAAAACCAACCAACGAAAGCAGAAAUGUGCCUUUUCUACAAGCAAGAAGAAGGGGACUUGCUGUAUAUGAUUGCUAACCGACGAUUUCCGGAGUUGACGGAUCGCCUAGUGAUGGCGUUACAGGUUGCAGAGGCCGUGAAGUAUCUACACGACAAGAACAUCACACACCGUGACAUCAAGGGAGCCAAUGUUUUGGUUGACCCAGUCACAAACCAUGUCACACUCACAGAUUUUGGACACAUGAAACCAUUUGGAUUGACAGCAGAGACAAUCUGUGGAACACCAGGGUUUAUGGCACCAGAACUACUGGAGAAAGGUCUUCAUGCCGUGCUCUGUCCUGCAGUAGAUAUCUAUGCUUUUGGAAUAUUCCUGUGGUACAUCGUAGAUGGCACCGGCUUUGACCCGUUUAUGAGCAAAGGCUAUUUACAGGUUUUUGAAGAGACAAAGAAUGGUGUUCGCCCACCACUCAAUCCCUCGUAUCCCAAGAACUGUGUGGAUCUGAUGACUUCAUGCUGGCAAACAGAUCCAAACAAACGGCCAUUCAUAAAGGAUCUUGUGAUAAGGUUGAAAGAGAUCAUUGAGGGAAUGUAGGAGAAUUUGAAAUGCAAUGAUUGAAACAUUGUUCCCUGUUUCUAUAGAGGAUGAAGUGAUGUUUCACAUUAGGCUCUCAGCAAAGGUCAAGAUUAAAUGGUUUUGGCAGCAGAGUACAAGUCUGGCUUUUGCUUCCAUGAGACUCAUAGCCCUGAAGAGCCUCUAUAUCUAAGCUCUACUAUUAUCUCAACACCAGACGAGAUAAGCUUUGGAAUAUCAGUCAGUCCACAGGUCCUUUGUGGAGACCAAACAGUGAACAUUGUUGUAAACGAUUUAGAACAGUUGAGUAGAGUGCACCACCUGUAGGUUAGUAGAGUAGGUGAUCCAAGGGGCCUCCUUUAUACACACAAGUAGGAUAAACUGCAUAGUGUUUCUGCCACUUCCAUGCUUUGCGCCAGGGAAUAUUUUUGGUUGAAACCUCGACAUAACAUGAUGUUAAAAUCUUCCUCCUUGUUCCUGCAUUUGAUUUGCAUUAAUACAAUAAUAAAGAGUGAAUUGAUACAGUAUUAGCAACACCUGCCCACUCUCAUGAGCUCUCUUUCACUAAUGUUCCUUGGUAUUUAACAAUCAUUUCAUUCAGGAAACAAUAAAAUAUUUUAGUAUAA